AUGAAUUGGCGUACUAUUAACAGCGCCGUGCUUCUGCAUGCUGCUCUCAUGCUACUCUUAUCAUGGCCCUGCCUGGGAUAUUACGGGCAGCCUCUUCACUUUCCGACAUCUUUUGGACAGCCUCUUCAAUGCCCCCCUGAACAGGGCAGUCUCGAUGCUGGGCUACCAACCUCAAACCCUUUUGAUAUACCCACCUACCAGAGAAUACGUAUAGCGAUUGGGACAGACUUUGAUCGCCUUAUGCCACUUCUACGGGCCUAUGUCCAGGAGCCCUCGCUUGCAGCGACCGUCACUGAGAUCAUUCUUGAUCUUGAUCGUUGGGAUCGGACAAGUUUUGUUCCUUCGACACCCGACCAGCUCACAAGGGAGGGGGUAGAAUUGUUCUCGCCAGUAUUCGACAUUGCUUAUAAUGCCAUCGAGAACCACAUACAUAACUUGGAACUUGGCGAUGAGCUUACCAGGGACACGCUGUACUGGAUUAGAUGGAAGAUUUAUGAGCAAACGGGCGCCUGGGACGGACCGAUCCAUCUCCGCGACGAGUACAAUUCCCGCUUUGCUGAGUCUGCCGCAGUUGUGCUGUUUUCCAUCUGCCAUAACAUCUCUACUCUGCACAUCGGAUACGUGGGCCCGCACGAACGCCCGGUGCGUGAGUAUCUCACGAAAUCCAACUAUGGCCUGCUCUCUCAGCCUGGGCUGCAGAACCUGAGGGAUGUUGUGAUGAUUGAUGGCACAGUAUGCGGUGACUUGGACAACAGCUUCGUUGUCGUCGAUGUGUUGGAGUACAUCCAAUACUUUCAUCGGCUUCCUCUGAUCGAGUCCUUCAGCAUGGAUGGCGUCCAGGAAUGGGAGCCCGAAAGGACCAUCUUCGUCCCGUGGACUAGCAACAUGAAGAAAAUCCACAUUGGGCAUUCGGCCUUUUAUGCCCGCAUGUUUGACACGAUACUCUCUAUACCCAAGGCGCUCGAGGAGCUGGAGAUAUCCGUGGGCGGGCUUUUCUUCUACCACGGCGACGACAUCUUCUUCCACCCUUCGAGAAUGGGCAGAGCGCUCGAAGCGCACAAGAAGACGCUGCGGAUGCUGGACCUGGACAUUGACUGCGGCUUCCAAUUCAUCGAGCCUAAACACUGGGAUGCGGAAGACCUGGUAAGCCACUGGGGAUAUGACUGGGAGUGGUUCAAUUACAGCAAACGCGUGUACGGGGACGAGUAUUUCCAACUGGAUGCCGACAUAUCAUCUGGACCGGUACAGGUGCUGGAGCCGAAUGGCGAUAAGCAUGGUACGACGAUAGGGUCUUUCCACGAUUUCUAUGCCCUCAAACGUCUGAGUAUCAGCAUCAAAGCAAUCCUGGGCUACACGGAUCCAUCAGAGCCGCCGUACGAGCUCUACCGGCCGCCUCCGUCUCAUCUCAUCGAUAUCCUUCCCCCAAGCCUCGAGUACCUGUGCAUCUAUGGCUACAUUCUAGGGGCGAACCCAUAUUUUGACUACCAGAUUGAAGAAUUCAUGAAGCACAGGGCGAAGCGGCUGCCUAACCUGAAGGAAGUCUGGGGAGUGGAUGUGACGGUGCUUGGGGCGAGCGGGACGUACUCGGACUGGCCGAUUGACGUGUUUUGGGUGAGACCUGUGAAUAGACUGGACUGGAGGGAAAUCAGUCUUGGCUAG